AUGGAGUCGUCCCGGUCGGCUCAGCCUAUAAGAUCGCCGAUGUUAGGACCAGAGCGUGGUCGAGGCGGCCAGCGAUCAAAGAAGCCUGGAAUGCCUCGGCGUGCUUCGUCGAAUGUGCAAGCGCCCCAUCGUGGACAAGAAUUCUCUGUAGACGACGAUGUUUCUGAGAUAGAGGGUGAUCUAGCUACCAGACAAAAUGCGCUUGGCGGAUCGUCCUCUGGAUUUGGCUCUGUCAGACACCAGGCUUCUUCUCUACGACGACGUCCUGCACCGCAGCAGCCAACUUUACCGAGAGUUGAUUCGUCUCACGACGAAGAAGCCGAAGCUGAAGCGGAGACGGAGCGUAACAGCGUUACGGGCGAUCCGAUUCCCGAGGAGGAAACUGCAGAUUCUGUGGGAGAAGGGACACUUCGUGGCGUGGAUGAUUCCCCGGACGAAGAGGAUGAGGAGGAAGACAACCUGAGUGAUGCUGAGAGCUUCACGCUCAAGGAUCGCCAGGAGGCUAUAAAUGAGACCCAUCCGUUUGGUAUUCGUAUCUGGAAGCCGGCACUCUAUAAGAAGAACAGAUCGGUACAGAAGACCGCCGAGGGGGACAUUCAUUCUUCCCCUGGCGGUAGAGUCAGCAAUUGGUUACUUUUCUUCAAUAUCUUGUGGACAAUCUGUUUUGGCUGGUGGCUCGCAUUCGUUGCAUUCGUUGGGGCCCUUGUGUGCUUCACCUUCGCCGCCGCCCCCAGUGCGAUUGAAUAUGGUCGAGUUCUCUGGGGCCUUGCUGGGUAUCUCUUUUAUCCAUUCGGGCAAUUCGUGCGACUUGAGCAAGACGAAGCGUAUGCUGACGAAGAUGAAGGCGAAGGACGCAGUAUUACUGAGUAUGAGCAGUGGCAGAACGGGGAUAUUGAAGACGGGCGACUAUUUUUCGGCCCCGAAGGAAGUCGCUCCAUUGUCGGACGCUCAAGAAGGAGUAUAGAUUCCACAGCCAGCGAAACCGACAGCCUUUUGGGUCGCACUAGACGUGGAAGAAUACAGCGAGAACCGACUGAUCGUCCUUUCAAGAGGAGAUUGUUUGGAAGAGGCCAGUGGAAUACUGGACGCGUCAUUUUCUUCCUGUUUUUCUAUGGACUGAUCACCCCCCUAUUAUUCCUUGUGUCCGGUAUCUGUUGGCUUUUGGUCUUCUGGAUUCCUAUGGGUAAGGUUACGAUGCUGUUAUUUUAUCAUCUUCGUCGCCACCCGUUGGCAUUGACCUUCCAGUCGGAUACGGACUAUUCUCGAGGAGUCAAUAUUCCCAAUUCAUCCAUCCUUGUCUGCACCUAUCGCGCAGUCGGCUUGAAAUAUUGGAAGUAUACGGUCGAUGGUACAAACAUUUUCCUGAUCAACUUGACGAGUGUCGUCUUAUUCGUCAUCUUUGAUUACUGGAUUCUUCUUGAAGUACUGGGUAUGGAGCUGCCAAUCACGCAUCCGGCCUUCAUCUUUGUGGGAGCACUAUUGUCAAUCAUCCCCCUGGCAUAUUUCAUUGGCCAGGCAGUAGCUUCAAUAUCUGCGCAGUCUUCCAUGGGCCUCGGUGCUGCUAUUAACGCCUUCUUUUCGACCCUGGUAGAGGUUUUCCUCUACUGCGUCGCACUAAACCAAGGUAAAGGCCAACUUGUAGAGGGAAGCAUCAUCGGCAGCAUAUUUGCCGGAAUACUUUUCUUGCCCGGCCUGUCCAUGUGUUUCGGGGCCAUCAAGCGGAAGACGCAAAGAUUCAAUGCUAGAUCAGCAGGCGUGACGUCCACUAUGCUUCUAUUUGCAGUUAUCGCCGCCUUUGGCCCCACAUUGUUUUAUCAGAUUUAUGGCACUCAUGAGCUCAAUUGUCUGACCUGUGUUGACACCGAUGACUCCCCCACUCGUGAUUGUCGCCGCUGCUACUUCGCACAAAUCCCAGCUCUAGAUGACCGGUUCUAUCUCGACGCAGUCCGACCAUACUGCUGGUUUGCCGCUUCCCUUCUCUUCCUUUCAUACGUAAUCGGAUUGUGGUUCACACUACGAACCCAUGCUGCAGUAAUAUGGAACAAUGAAAUUGAAGAGAAGAAGACGCAAGAGGUGCAAAAUGCCAUGGGUCAUCAGCAUCCCGUGACUCCCCAUAAUAGACUGCAAAGGCAGGUAAGCGCUAAUGAUGCUACCCGAGGCGCGGAAAUUCGUGAUUCGCAGCUUUACAAACGCAUUUUAGGACAGUCCUUGAAGCAGGUUGGUCUUGGUCACCGUGAGGAAGGAAGCCAAUACAACUCGCCCUCUGAGUCUAUGGGGCCUGAUGGAUCGACUCAGAUGCCCCAAACACCACAUCUUGUGCCGCCCAAAAGCAAUGGGGGAGACAGCCCGAGAACCGAGCCUCAAUUUCCCGGGCUUUUGGAAGCACAAAACACUAAUAUUGUUCGCGAAGUUACUGAAAUAGCAGCGACUGCAGCGGCAAUUGCUGCCAGGGAUGCUACAAAAGGUCCACGCAGAUCUUCUGCCGUCACUGGUAUCCCACAGUCAUCUCAUAAGCCGACGACUUUGAGGGCUGGAGCUGUCGCGGAUGAUGAAGCGGCUACUGCGGAAGCCCUUGAUGCUAGCGCUGGGGGACAUGAUGCACCGAAUUGGAGCAGAACGAAGAGUUCCGUCAUUCUGUGUGUAGCCACCAUUCUCUAUGCCCUUAUCGCUGAGAUCUUGGUCAACACAGUCGAUGUGGUGCUCAAAAAUGUAGCAGUCGAUGAGAAGUUUUUGGGAAUAACUUUGUUUGCUCUUGUUCCAAACACCACGGAGUUUCUGAAUGCCAUAUCAUUUGCCAUGAAUGGUAACAUCGCGCUCUCCAUGGAGAUCGGAUCAGCAUACGCUCUUCAGGUUUGCCUACUGCAGAUCCCAGCUCUGGUAUUAUUCAGCGCAAUCAAUGGGCAGUGGCUGGAAGGGGUGGAUGUCGCCGAUCACAUCUUCACCUUGAUCUUCCCACAGUGGGAUAUGAUUACGGUCAUCCUCUGCGUCUUUCUACUCAGUUACAUGUACGGCGAAGGGAAGAGUAACUACUUCAAGGGCUCUAUUCUCCUUCUCAGCUACCUCGUGGUCAUCGUCGGAUUCUGGUUUUCAGGGAUGACGGAUCUUAAGUCUGCGACAGUGAGCCGUUUGGACAUCAUGGCCGCAGGCAGGAGCUUCAGGACCAUUGGCAGAGGGAAGUCGGGAUAUGCUUUCCAGCAGUAA